GAAUUCUAUGUGUUUUCUGCAACAAGACACACCAUGUUGCUAAGGUUUGCCCUGAUAAAGUACAGAGUGUUGUAAUUCAUGAAGGUGGAUGGGGCACUGAGAGAUCCAUCAUUUCAUGGAGCUAUGUUCAUGAUGGCAAGGCUUGUGUUUGUAAGGAUAUUAUUGAAGACAUUGACAAAGAAGAUAAUAAAAUAAGCUUUAGAGUGUUGGAAGGAGACCUGCUGAAGCACCACUACAAGAGCUUCAAGUUCUUGCUUCAUGCUGUUCCCAAGAAAAAGGGAGGAUGCAUGGUGCGUUGGACCAUGGAAUAUGAGAAGAUCAAUGAAAACACUCCUGAUCCUCACACUAUGAUGCAGUUGGUAGUUGAUGUGAGCAAACAGGUUGAAGUUCACCUUAUUUCCAAAGGCUGCUGAAAAAGCGAUGAAUAAUUCACAUCAAAUUAAUGGUGAAUUUAAAGCUGGGUAAUUGGAGCUAUAUAAUAAUAUUAUUAUGAUGUGCCCUCAUGUAUCUUUGCUAAAAUAAUGGGCAAGGUAUAAGCUACUAUAUAUACUAAGCUUAUUGAGCCGAGAUACAUGUUUCAUGUCCUACGUUCAAUAAUAAAUAAUAAAUGAUUAAGUUGUCGUGUGAAAAUGAGAUAUUAUUGCUGAGAAUUACUUGGACGUUUUCAGAGAAAAAAUUUAUUCACUUGUUCUAACAUAUUUAGGUAGCAUUUGUUUUGUGAUAAUAAAAUUCGAAUUAGGAAAUUGACAUUUGGUUUGGUGUGCGAAAUUAGAACUCGUACAAUUUUACCGACAAGUGCACUGAGUCGUCCAAGUAAUACUUCAGGUGAAUGAGGGUCGAUUCCACGAGAAUUGUUGAAUUGAGCAAGCAAUAGUU